AUGGCUGUGCUGCUUUCUUUCCUUCCCCGCCCCCCUCCCACGACGCAGGAAGUAAAGCCUUCCGAGCCUAUGACGUCCCAUACUCAGCAGACGAGCGGGCGGCCCGGCCCGCCAAAUGGCGCCUCUGCCCUCUUCCCGGGAGUAUCAUCCCCCCUGCCCGGCCCGCAGCGCCUCCUGCGUUCCUUGACGCUCCGGCCCGCUCGCGAGGUGCGAGCCGCGCUGCGGCUCCAGAACGGCAAUAUCCUACUGGCCUUCUUGCCCGUCGGCCUCGCCGGUAGGUUCCUAGGCUGGGAUCCCGUCCUCGUCCUGGCCUCCAACAUCGUGGCCAUCAUCCCACUCUGCGUCUACGUUUCGUCGUCCUCGGAUCAGCUGGCCGGCCACUUCGGCGAACUGAUUGGCGGGUUCAUUGGCGCCAGCUUUGGCAACAUCGUGGAGCUGAUUGCGGGUAUUCUGAGCGUGAGGCGUGGUGUCGUCUACUUUGCCCAAUCCGUCAUGCUGGGGAGCAUUUUGUCAGACAUCCUCCUGGUGCUGGGCCUCAGCCUCGUGGCCGCCUCGUACAACAUAAGCCGCCUUCUCAAGUUCAACAAGUCGGUGACGGAUACGCUAUCGUCUCUGAUGACCAUCACCGCCGUGACUCUGACUCUGCCCACCGCCUUGCACUCGAAUUUUAGCCACGUUUCGGAGAUACAGGGCAAGAUCCUAGUCUUCUCGCGAGCAACCGCGAGUGUUCUGCUAGUGACUUAUGCGUUAUACCUCUACUUCCAACUUGGCAGCCACAAGCACAUCUUCCUCGAGACCGAGGAGGAGAUUAGUCGCGACGAGCAGGCCGACUCGGACGAGCCCGACAAUGAUGACGACGGCGGCCAUAUCGAUGCUGCGGGCUCGCAGGACUUCCCCGUGCCCAUUCUUCACUCCGUUUCCGUCCUCACCCUGUCUGCCCUGGCGGUUGCGGCGUGCACAAAGGCCACCCUGGAGGCUGUCGAAGUGACCCAGGCGCGGACGGGGAUACCCAAGUCCUUUAUCGCCGCCGUCCUGUUCCCCAUCGGGAGCAACGCAACCGAGUUGACCACCGUCAUUGCUGCCGCCGCCAAUCGCCAGAUCAACCACGCCAUCAGCAUGAUAGUUUCCAGCAUCCUGCAAAUCGCCCUUUUCGUCCUGCCCGCCCUGGUAAUGGUGGGUUGGGCAGCGGGCCAGCCCAUGACGCUCAACUUUAAAUUUUCAGCGGCGCUGCUCCUCUUCUUCGCCGUCAUCGUCGUGAAUAACCUUCUCCACGAUGGGAAGUACGCAUACAUUCACGGCGCAAUCCUUGUGGCACUGUAUGAGCACAACCCUUCCCAACCGGCCCUGCAACUUUGUGUCCUUGGCAAGCGCACUACUGACUGCUUGUUCUAG